UUAUAUUAGUGCAGAACACUGUACCUUUAAUUUAAAUGCCCUUGGAGUCUGCUGGGGAAGAGAAAUAAUACUGUCAGUCAGUAUGACAUGCAGAUGAGUGCCGUCGAUCUUAGAAUCACCGCACACUUCACUCAUUUGGGCAGUCACGGGGCCAAAACCAGAGUGUGGAGCCACAGAGUGGCGGUGGAGGCAGCAGCAAUGGGAGGCCAUACAGCACCCUAUGACAAAAUGGAACCCACCAGCAGUGUGAGGAGACCUGAAAGUGGCACAUGGCAGAGGUGGCGGUGGAGGCAGCAGCAAUGGGAGGCCAUACAGCACCCUAUGACAAAAUGGAACCCACCAGCAGUGUGAGGAGACCUGAAAGUGGCACAUGGCAGAGUGUGGCGAUGGAGACAGCAGCAAUGGGGAGGCCGUACAGGGACCCAUGACACACUCUGGACCUGGCAGCAGCAAGAGGAGGCGGUACAGGGGCCCAU